AUGUCCGGCACUUCCUCUUCAACCCCACCUACGGCCGACCCAGCCUCGCAUGCGACGGCUGCGGUCGAGACCUCUACACAUCCCGCUCCUGCGCCCACCGUCGUCCACGACACCGAGGACGAGAGCCACAGCGAGUCUUCCAAAAGCGCCGUCGCUUCCACCGACCAGGCCGCACAGCCUUCCAUCGCCACCGAUGAGAAGCCCGGCUACGAGUACAACCCGGGCGUCCGCAGCUUUGUCGGCGGAAAGCACAAGGAAAAGUGGUACCAGGUCUGGCGGCCCAAGAAUCCGCCACUUCCACCACCCAACAGCCUCGACGAUGCCCGCCUCAUUCCUCUUGCCAAUGCAAGCCUCAUCAACCGCAUCUUCUUCCAAUGGAUGACCCCCAUCAUGAUCCUCGGCUACCAGCGUCCCCUCGAAGCCACCGAUCUCUGGGCUCUUUCCGAAGACCUCAGCGCCAAGCAGCUCGGUGGCCAGCUCAACGCACACUGGGCUCGACGCGUAGCCGAGGCUAAGGCUUACAACGAGAAGCUCGUCUCUGACGAGAUCCAGCCCGGCCUGAAACUUCGUGCUUCAUGGGCCCUUGCCUCUACCCUCAACCCCAAGGGUGGCAGCCGCCAGCAGCGCGAAGCCAGAUGGAGAGCGCCGCCAAGGCCCGCUCCUGCCGCUGCCGCCGCCGGACCUCCUCAGCCUGGCAAGCCCAAGCUGCCGAAGGAUCCUUCCGGACACAAGAAGCCCUCGCUCGUCUGGGCCAUGCACGACCAGCUCGCAUGGAAGCUCUGGUCCGGCCUCGUCUUCAAGAUCGUAGGAGACGCCUCGCUCAUCACCUCCCCGCUCGUGCUCAAGGCCAUCAUCAAGUACGCUCAGGAGCUCUACACCGCUCACGCUCGCGGCGUUCCCGGUCCCCCCGUCGGUCAUGGCGUCGGUCUUUCUUUCGCCCUCUUCUUCAUGCAGAUCAUCUCGUCGCUCGGCACCCACCAGUUCUUCUGGCGUUCCAUGUCAUGCGGCGUCGAGGCGCGCGCCGCCCUCAUCACCGCCAUCUUUGACCGCGCCAUGAAGAUGAACGGCAAAGCCCGAUCCAGCGGAAAGCUCAUCAACCACAUCUCCACCGAUUGCAGCCGCAUCGACUUCGCCUCCGCCUGGUUCACUGUCAUCUUUGCCGCUCCCAUCCAGAUGAUCAUCUGCGUCAUCAUCCUCCUCACCCAGCUUGGACCUUCCGCUCUGGCCGGUCUCGCCAUCUUCGUCAUAGCCACGCCCAUCCAGCUCCAGACCAUGAAGAUGCUCUUCAAGAUCCGACGCGCCUCGAUGAAGUGGACCGACGCGCGUGCAAAGACCAUCCAGGAGGUACUCGGCGGCAUGCGCAUCGUCAAGUCCUUCUCUCACGAGUCCAAGUUCCUCCAGCGCAUUUAUGACAUCCGCAAGAACGAGCUCAACGGCAUCCGCAAGAUCCUCAUCAUCCGAUCCGCCAACAUCGCUCUUGCAUUCAGUCUGCCCAUCCUCGCUGCUGUGCUUGCCUUCGUCGUCUACAACCUCACCGGCCACGAUCUCAACCCUGCCAUCGUCUUCCCCGCUCUCACGCUCUUCCAGCUUCUCCGCAUGCCCCUCAUGUUCUUGCCGCUCUCCCUCUCCGCGACAACGGAUGCAAGGAACGCCUUCGAUCGUCUCUACACCGUCUUCACCGCCGAACAGCUCGAAGACACCGUCGAGCACGAUGAAGACUCCAAGCAUGCCCUCAUCGUCCACGACGCCUCCUUCCGAUGGGAGACCGUCGAGGCCGACGAGGCGCUCCCUUCCGCGAAGAAGGGCAAGGACGGAGCGGCUGCCAAGAAGGCAGGCAGCGCCCCCAAAGGCGUCGAGUCCAACGCUGGAUCCCGCAAGGGCCUGUUUGGCAAGGCCAAGAACUUCGCCAAGAAGUCCGCCGCGCCCCCUGCGGCCAACGCACCAGGCCUUCCUGCUCCCGUCACGGCAAAGCUCCCCGACACUGACAACGGUAGACGUCUGGAGCAGAUCCGCGCCGAGCAGAGCGACGCAGCAGCCGAUGGCGACAACGAAGCCGUGCUGGAUGUGGCCAAGCUCGAGCCCACCGUGGGCGAGGCGCAGUCGCUCGAAAAGGUCGAAGAGACGGCGCAGGAACCCUUCUCCAUGUCGCACAUCAAUGUGACCAUCCCCAAGGGCGAGCUCGUCGCCAUCGUCGGCCCUGUCGGCUCGGGCAAGUCGUCGUUCCUUCAGGCGUGCAUCGGCGAGAUGCGCCAGACCGGCGGCUCGGUGCAGUGGGGCAGCGAGCGCGUUGCCUACUGCUCCCAGAGCGCCUGGAUCCAGAACGCUACUCUGCGCGACAACAUUCUCUUCGGCCAGCCGUUCGACGAGGAGCGCUACUGGGAGGCUGUCAAGGUCUCGGAGCUCGAGGCGGACCUGGCCAUCCUUCCAGCCGGCGACCUCACCGAGAUCGGCGAGAAGGGUGUCAACCUCAGUGGUGGUCAGAAGCAGCGUGUCAACAUCGCGCGUGCCCUCUACUACAACGCCGAGAUCGUCUGUCUCGACGACCCGCUCUCGGCCGUCGAUGCUCACGUAGGCAAGGCGCUCUUCUACAACGCCAUCAUGAGUCUGCGCGCCAAGGGCACCACCGUGCUGCUCGUCACGCACGCACUCCACUUCCUUCCGGACGUCGACCGCAUCAUCACGCUCGAAGACGGCCACAUCGCCGAGAUGGGCACGUACGACCAGCUCAACACGGCCAACGGUCCCUUCCAGCGACUCGUCCUCGAAUUCGGCGGCGAGAAGGAGAAGGACGAGGAAGAGAAGAAGGAAGAUGAGGCCGAGGCCAUCGAGGACUCGGUCGACGACUCCAAGAAGGGCAAGAAGGUGGACCGCAACCACCUCUCUGGCGGCAAGGCUGGAGAAAAGGCGGGUGCGACGAUGCAGGCCGAGGAGCGAAACACUGGCUCGGUCUCGCUUCAGGUCUACCUCUCGUACUUCAAGUUCGGCCGCGGCGCCUACAUGGUGCCGCUGUGCGUGGGCAGUCUGGCGCUCAUGCAGACGACCAACAUCCUCAACUCGUACUGGCUCAUCUGGUGGCAGAAGAACCACUUUGACAAGAGCAUCGGCUUCUACAUGGGCAUCUACGCCAUGCUCGGCAUCGUGGUCACCAUCCUGACGUUCGUCAUGGGCUGUGCGAUGGGCUUCCUCAGCUACUACGCGUGCAAGCGGCUGCAUCACGAGGCGAUCCAGCGCGUCGUGUAUGCGCCCAUGGCGUGGCUCGAUGUGACGCCGAUCGGACGUAUCAUGAACCGAUUCUCCAAGGACGUUGAUGUGGUCGACAACCAGCUUGCCGACGCCCUUGCCGACGCCGUGCGCAUGGCUGCCAACACGAUCGCAUCGGUGGCGGGUGCUGUGAUCCUCAUUACCAUCCUCACACACUACUUUGUGAUUGCGGUGGCGGUCGUGCUUGUGUUCUACUUCUUCGGCGCUCUCUUCUACCGCUCGUCGGCGCGAGAGGUGAAGCGACUCGAUGCGAUUCUGCGAUCGAGCCUCUACUCGCACUUUUCCGAGACGCUGUCGGGACUCGCCACGAUUCGCGCCUACCGCGAGACCGAGACGUUCGUUCGCGAGAACCAGAAGCGCAUGGACAUCGAGAACCGCGCCUACUACCUCAGCAUCACCAACCAGCGCUGGCUGGGCGUGCGCCUCGACAUGCUGGGUGCGCUGCUCGUGCUCAUCGUCGCGCUGCUCACCACGGCCAGCUCGACGCCGAUCACGGGCGGCAACGCGGGGAUUGCGCUCACCUACAUGCUCACCGUCGCCCAGGCCUUCUCCUGGAUGACGCGCCAGAUUGCCGAGGUGGAAAAUGACUCGGCAUCGGUGGAGCGUCUGCUGUACUACGCCGAGGAGCUGGAGCAGGAGAAGGCGCAGACGCGCACCGACAACCCGACGCGAGAGUCCUGGCCCGAGGAGGGCCGCAUCUCGUUCAAGGACAUCUGGCUGAGCUACCGACCUGGCCUGCCCUCGGUGCUCAAGGGCAUCUCGUUUGAGGUGGGCAGCGGCGAGAAGGUGGGCAUCGUCGGCCGCACGGGUGCCGGCAAGAGUUCGCUGCUCACUGCGCUGCUGCGUCUGGUGGAGCUGAGCAAGGGCUCGAUCGAGAUCGACGGGGUGGAUGUAGGCAACAUUGGGCUGGAGGAUCUGCGUCGCAAGCUGGCCAUCCUGCCGCAGGAGCCGCUUCUGUUCAGCGGCACGCUGCGUUCGAACCUGGAUCCGUUUGGCAUCUACGACGACGCGAGGCUGAACGAUGCGCUGAAGCGCGCGUACCUGAUUGGCGACGACACGAACACGCACGGUGCGGCUACGCCAAUCAUGCCCGUUACGGAGCCGGCGAGCGAGACGGCGUCGUCGCACGACGACGAGAAGGCGGCGCUCGCUGUACCGGGCGACGCUACGCCGGGCAGGAACGUAUCGCGCAUCAACCUGGACACGGUGAUCGAGGAGGAGGGGGCGAAUCUGUCGGUGGGCCAGCGCUCGCUCGUGUCGCUGGCGCGCGCGCUGGUCAAGAACUCCAAGAUCAUCCUGCUGGACGAGGCGACGGCGUCGGUGGAUCUCGAGACGGAUGCCAAGAUCCAGCAGACGAUCCGGGAGGAGUUUGGCAACCGGACGAUCCUGUGCAUCGCGCAUCGGCUGCGCACCAUCCUGUCGUACGACCGCAUCGCCGUGUUCGACAAGGGCGAGCUCGCCGAGUACGCCAGCCCGCUCGAGCUGUUUGAGCGCGACGACGGCAUCUUCCACUCGAUGUGCGUCCGCAGCAACAUUACGCGCGACGAGAUUGUGCGCAACGCCAAGAGCUCGGCGUUCCAGUAG